UCUCUAAUGGUAAAACACCUGUCGUAAAAGCUGAGGCAAAACAUAUUACGUACACGAGUCGUUGUAUCAUUUCAUUGUGGUUAUGGUAACGGAAACACUUAACACUAUUUCUUUCUUGAAGUUCAUGAGUAUGGAAGUAGUUGUUACUGCCCUGGUUGACCAGUACCCACGGACGCUGGGUAAGAGGAGGAUGCUGGUUACACUAGGAUGCUGCUUGAUGUCCUUUCUUCUUGGAAUCGUGUUCUGCACACAGGGAGGUCCAUACAUGUUCCAGCUGCUAGACUGGUAUGUAGCGGCUCUGGGGCCCUUGUUGUUCAGCACGCUGGAGUGUGUUGCCGUGAUGUGGAUAUACGGGGCAAAACAAAUGAGCAGGGACGUAGAGAUGAUGACUGGCAAAGCACUAUCGUCACCAGUAAAGAUCCUCUUGGCCUUUGUGACACCGGCAAUCUUGAUGACAGUUUUCAUCCUGACACUUAACAACUACCAGCCACCGACCUACGGCAACUACGAGUUUCCCAGCUACGCCAGUACAAUAGGCUGGUGUGUGGCCGUCAUCUCCACCCUCCCUCUCCCGGUCUACAUGGUACUGGCUGUCAGGAAACACAUGGCAAUCCAUUCUCUAAAGAAGAGUAUAAAGCUGGCCUUGAGGCCUGCUAAGGACUGGGGUCCAGCAAAUGCCACAUACACGAUGAAUCAGCGCACAGAAAUACCUUCGCUCAAGGCUAACGUCAUGGACAUUUUCAAUAAUUAGACCUGAACUUACCUAAACAGUGUAAUAGUUCACUGAAUGAUGACAUACCAAGGGCGUGCGUGCGCGUGCGUGCGUGCGGGCGUGCGCGGGCGUGCGUAACCUGACAUUGCAUCGUUUUGACGGUAUUCCUGAACCAUAGAUACUUAUUGAUAUAUUUUGAU